UAUUUAGUUUUUAUAUGGCUUUAAUUACCUUCGGCUGCUGGGCUGAAGUCGACCAAUGGCGUGCAGGGAGCGUGAAAGUGGGGCGUGUCCACGCCGAGGCGAGGGUUGGUGGGGUCGGGAGCAGCAGUCGCAAAUCCCCCGACCUUCAUGAACGCAUCGUUUGCAAACAAUUGACUGGAAAUAUGACAGUAAAAUAUUGAAUUGAAAAUAUUGAUUUUAAAGUCCAGAUUGCAGCUGCCGGAGAGAAGAAGUCGGCGCCAUGCCGGUACGGCGAGGUCACGUGGCGACUCAGAACACCUUCCUGGACACCAUCAUCCGCAAGUUCGAGGGUCAGAACCGUAAGUUCAUCAUCGCCAACGCCCAGGUGGAGAACUGUGCCAUCAUCUUCUGCAACGACGCCUUCUGCGGGCUCUGCGGUUACACCCGGGCAGAGGUGAUGCAGAAGCCGUGCACCUGUAGCUUCCUGUACGGACCCCUCACCAACAGACCGGCAGUGGCGCAGAUGACCAAAGCUCUCCUGGGAGCUGAGGAGAGGAAGGUGGAGAUUGUUCUCUACACCAAGGAAGGUGUGUGUCUGCCCUGCCUGAUAGACGUGGUCCCUGUCAAGAACGAAGACGGUCUGGUCAUCAUGUUCAUCCUCAACUUUGACCUGGCAACUGACCCUCGAUCCAUGGACUCAUCUCCAACCAGAGAACUGAACAGAGUCCUGAGGAUCCCCCGGCUGACCCUGGCUUGCCGGCAGCGCUUUCGUCUCCUCCUCCAGUCCUUCAGUCCAGGACUGGGUGGAACGUCACAAGACACAGAGCUGGGUGGCCCACAUGCUAGUCUUCCUCCCCUGGGACACGAGUCGGUGGCCUUGGAAAAACUGUUGUCCUUCCCCGAGAGACAGCAGCUGGACGAGGAAGGAGGACUACUGCUGUGGGGCAAAGAAGACCUGGAAGUCUCGGUACCUGCCGGACGAAAAACUGAGGGCGACCAAGAGAGAAGAGAGCCAUUCGAAACAGGGACACCUCCACCUGGUCCACGUGAUCCACGUGACCCACGUGACCCAGGUGGUCCACCUGACCAACGUGACCCACAUGACCCAGGUGGUCCACCUGACCCAUGGGAUCCACUUGACCCACGUGAACCACAUGAUCCAGCCCCAGCACCACCAACUCUGACUGACCUGACCCGGACCUCCUCUCGUGCUAGUACCAGAUGCGUGAAGUUAAAACUUUCCUCCUCGGUGGACGACGUGAAGAGUGGACAUACUUCCUGGGACAGGAAGCUGCAGAGUCGUCACACCUGCACAGCGGGGUCAGCCACCAGCAGGAAGAGCAGCGCACCAGCUGGGACUCUGGACUCCUAUGAGGACGUGUGGAGGUCCAGCAACCAGGUACAGAACACACAACAACCAGGUACAGAACACACAGCAACCAGGUACAGAACACACAGCAGCCAGAAGGUGAGCCACAGUUUACUGGACACCAAGACGGACGCUUUUGUGACGCUUCCUCCGGGGGAAAUCAGACCUCCGGGCAAACUGAUGGGCAGAACCCACCACGUCACCGAGAAAGUAACCCAGGUUCUAUCGCUGGGUGCUGACGUGUUACCAGAGUACAAGUUGCAGACCCCCAGGAUCCAGAAGUGGACCAUCCUGCACUACAGUCCUUUCAAAGCCGUGUGGGACUGGGUCAUCCUGCUGCUGGUCAUCUACACCGCCAUCUUCACGCCUUACUCCGCCACCUUCCUCCUCAGCGACCAGGAGGAGGCGGCCAUGCGAGCUUGCGGUUAUUCCUGUUCCCCGCUCAACGUGGUGGAUCUCAUCGUGGACAUCAUGUUCAUCGUCGACAUCGGCAUCAACUUUCGCACCACGUACGUGAACUCCAAUGAUGAGGUGGUCAGCCAGUCCUCGCGUAUAGCAGUGCAUUACUUCAAGGGCUGGUUCCUCAUCGACAUGGUGGCUGCUAUUCCCUUUGACCUCCUCAUCUACCGCUCAGGAGAGGAGGUGGUUAGGGGAGGUGGAGAGGGAGAGACAACCACCCUGAUUGGCCUUUUGAAGACAGCUCGGUUACUACGAUUGGUCCGCGUAGCCCGGAAGUUGGAUCGUUACUCAGAGUACGGCGCGGCUGUACUCUUCCUCCUCAUGUGCACCUUUGCACUCAUCGCUCACUGGCUUGCCUGCAUCUGGUAUGCCAUAGGAAACGUAGAGCGGUUAACCUCGGCUGGGAUCGGUUGGUUGGACACUCUGGCGGACCAGCUGGGAAGGCCUUACAACAACUCCGUCAUGGGGUCAGGUCCCUCCAUACGAGAUAAAUAUGUCACAGCUCUUUAUUUUACUUUCAGUAGCCUGACCAGCGUGGGCUUUGGGAACGUGUCCCCAAACACCAACUCUGAGAAGAUCUUCUCGAUCUGCGUUAUGCUUAUUGGGGCUCUGAUGUAUGCUAGUAUAUUUGGCAACGUGUCGGCUAUCAUCCAGCGGCUAUACUCGGGUACCGCACGCUACCACACUCAGAUGAUGAGAGUCCGGGAGUUCAUUCGUUUCCAUCAGAUUCCCAACCCUUUGAGACAGCGGCUAGAAGAAUACUUCCAACAUGCGUGGUCCUACACUAACGGCAUCGACAUGAAUGCAGUUCUAAAAGGCUUUCCAGAGUGUCUCCAGGCAGAUAUUUGUCUCCACCUCAACAGAACUCUGUUGCAGAACUGUAAAGCGUUCAAAGGGUCUACGAAGGGCUGCCUGAGGGCCCUUGCCAUGAGGUUCAAGACCACUCACGCGCCACCCGGUGACACUCUGGUACACGCCGGGGAUCUGAUAUCAGCGUUAUACUUCAUCUCAAGAGGAUCCAUCGAGAUUGUGAGAGGGGAUGUGGUGCUCGCUAUUCUCGGAAAGAAUGAUAUCUUUGGGGAGCCAAUCAACCUUUUCGCCCUGCCGGGGAAGUCAAGUGCGGACGUGAGAGCGCUGACCUACUGCGAUCUUCACAAGAUGCACAGGGAUGACAUGCUGGAGGUUUUGGACAUGUAUCCAGAAUUUAGCGAAUAUUUCUGGUCCAAUUUGGAGAUCACCUUCAACCUCAGAGACGUGCAUAGUGAACCUGCAGGCCUGUUGACCGGAGAAGAAUCCAACUGGAAGCCCAGACUCUGCUCCACCCGUUCAGGUGAACCGCUCAGAGCUGCGAACAGGUGCAGUCCGAGUCAGCGUCAGUGUGAGAACCGUGACCGACACAAACCUGCAAUAUCUAGUCCUGGGUUCUCCAGCGAGGACGAGGCAGAAGAUUCUGAGCUGACCAGCUCAGAUCAGAAUACCACGGUGGAUUCUACAACAGCAAGAACCAGGAAAUGUCCUGGAACUGACCGCGGAGACAAAGUCUGUCAUUAUCUGACAGAUGCCCUCUCAGGAGUCGCUAACAUCUUCUCCUUCUGGGGACCGGAAGGUGGAGAAGAGCAACGAUACCAAGAGGUCCCCUGCUCCCACGGGCUAACGUCACCGCCUCCUCAGCUUCGCUUGGACCUGGCUUCGGAGGAGCCUUCCCACCGCUCCAAAGAUUCCAGCCCUCCUCCUCGUACUCUGAGCCCUGGCGUUCCUCGGACACAGCAAAAAGUGAUGGAAAACAGAUUGGAGACCAUGCAGAAACAGAUCAGCAGGUUGGAGUUCCGCGUGUCGGCAGACAUCAGGCUCGUCAUGCAGCUGCUUCAGAAGCACAUGUCAACAGUCCCGCCCCCUGACGACACGUCGCCGUCAUCGGUCCCGCCCCCUGACGACACGUCGCCGUCAUCGGUCCCGCCCCCUGACGACACGUCGCCGUCAUCGGUCCUGCCCCCCGUCCCGCCGCCCGCCACCCGCCCGACCCUCCCAGCAGCCCCAAUCUGCCCAGAAAGUGGACACGCGCAGCAGCGUUCAACGUGGAAUAUGACUUCCUGCGACCCUUUCAUCCCUUUAGCUUUGUUUUCUCCCAGAAUGCAUCACUCCACCUCUCACACACUUUUGUCCAGCUCUCCUGCAGACGUCGGUGUCAGCACACCCACUGGAGCAUCACAGGAUGAGGUCACCACAGACAGACCCACACAAGACCAAACAUGACUUCCUUCUUCUCGCCAUCGUCCUCUGAGGCUAAAGUGUCUUCAGGCAACAACAACAACAACAACAACAACAGCAACAA